AUGUCGCGCAAUUUGCAUGCAAAUGGCAAUGCUACACUUUUGCUCGAUUUAUUUUGCACUUAUCAAGCUAAUAUUAAUCAAAAUGAUAAAAAUAAUAAACGUUGGGAUCAUGCAAUACUCUUCACCGGGUAUGAUUUAUAUCAUGAUAAAAAUCAUACUUUGGCUGGUUAUACAUCUGCAAAUGGAAUGUGUAAUGAGAGAAAAAGUUGCACAAUAAGUGAAGGCCUUGAUUUUAGCGCUGUUUUCAUAGUUGCACAUGAAAUAGGCCAUAACUUAGGCAUGAAACAUGAUGGUGAAAAUGGCUGCAAUGAAUCAUGCUGUAUAAUGUCCACUUCAAUUGGUACUGGACGAACAUCUUGGUCAUCAUGCAGUGUUCAAGAGUUAAAUUAUUUUAUCGCUCAAUUGGAUAGAAAUGAUACAAUUGAAAAUUGUUUACGGAUAACCGAUAUUAGAUAUAAACGGAUACCGAAAAUUUUAGCCGGUCAAAUGUAUACAUUAGAUGAACAAUGUGUACAGUUUCAUGGAAUAUGCUGGAAACAUGAAAUUAAACAUGGAAAACAUAUCAGUGAUGUUUGUAAAAUGAUUUGGUGUAGUAACGGUGAAGGUAUCAUACGUAGUGCUCAUCCAGCACUUGAAUAUUCCUACUGUGGAUAUCAAAUGUGGUGUAUUGAAGGUCAUUGUGUACCGGUAAUACCGGAAGUUGUCAACCUACGUCAUGGUGGUUGGAGUAAUUGGAAGGAUGAAGGACAUGGUAAUUGCAUAACAGAAUGUGUUCCAUGUCAAAUAAGUGGACAAAUUAGAGUACGACGUUCAACAAGACAUUGUGACAAUCCUUAUCCACAUAAUGGUGGUUCAUAUUGUAUUGGUGAUGAUACACGUGGAAUUCGUUGUCAACAAGAUAAAUGUGAUGGAUUAACAAUUAAACAAUUUGCAACAAAAAGUUGUACCAAACUUCGUGAUAAUGGUGAAUUAUCAACAAAAAAUUUAACCGGAGAGGGAAUGCAAUACAGUGCUGAUCUCUGUAAAAUAUGGUGUUUCCUAUCGCAUGAACGAAUCCGGACAACAACCAUUUUUCCGGACGGUACACCAUGCGGUACAGAACAUUACUGUAUCAAAGGUCGAUGUAGGAAAUUGAACUGUAAUGGACGAGCAAUUGUUGAAUUGUCAUCACAUUGUCCAAAACGAAAUGAAAUAAUCCAAAAUGGUUCCAUGCAAUUGAUGCGAAAACAUGUCAAAAUUAUAAUUAAUAAUGCGACAAAUCAAUUAAUUAAACAAAGUUAG